AUGCAAGGCACUACCUGCACUUCGUGUCGGGCCAUUUCUCGCACUCGAUUUCAUCUUCGUUUAUUCUUUCUCAAAGACAGCCGGCGAAGACUUCACAGUAGUUCUUCAAGACUGAAUCAUACUCCCUUGCAACCUCAGUCUUGGUACUGGGAAACGGAACCUCCAUCAAAAGAGAACUUGGCUGCCGCUGAAAACUUCUUCAGAGGCCACCGCCCCUUUCGAGAAUGGACUGGCACCGGAUGGCGCAGGCAUAAAGCCUCCACCCCCGGAGCCCUUUUACUCCCCGAAAUCAUCGUCCUUGGUCGUUCCAAUGUCGGCAAAUCUUCUCUACUCAACCGAGUCACAUACUCCGUCGAGUUGAACCGUGUCAGUCAAACUCCUGGUGCAACGAAGACCAUGUGGGCUUGGUCUUUGGCCGCGAAAAAUGAAGAUACCGGGGGUGCAAUACGAGGAUGGGGCGGCGACUGUUCGUCCAAACUGACACUUGUCGAUCUGCCAGGCUAUGGUUAUGGCAGUGACGCUGAAUGGGGAACAGAGAUUGUCACCUAUAUGAAGAAUCGCAAAGAAUUGCGCAGGGCUUAUGUCGUGGUGGACGCUCUACAAGGCAUCACUCAACACGAUCGCAAGAUUCUUGAAGUCCUACGAAGUCUGACAAUUCCAUACCAAUUGAUCGUCAGUAAAUGCGACAAAUCAGGCUGGCAGGGUUCACAAACAGCCAUCGAGUCUGCGCUUCGACCCAUCCGUGAGGAAGCCGAGUUAGGGAGCAAUUCACACGCAGGCCUCGGCGAGCUUCUUCUCGUAGGAGGCCUGAAUUCCCCUUCUUUAGUACAGCCUUAUGGAAUCCAAAAUGUCCAAUGGUCCUUUCUGAGGGCCACUGGUCUGGAUAAAUAUGCUAUGUCUCAUGCAGCGGCUAGCUCUGACUACGCCAAACAAGCCGAAUCUUUCACACCGUACUUGCAGCAGAACUCUCCGACUCCGUCUCAACCUCUAACAGCCCGGUUGCCACAGGGCUUGUCGGCUCCGGCUGCUGCUCCUCGCCCUCCAAAAACCGAACUCAGUCUACAAGACUUUCUUGCCGAACUUCUCAAUGUCAAGCCUGACUCCUCGGCACCAUCUCAACGGGGCACCAAUCCGCCGUCGAGUCGUGUGCUCUGGAAACCAUCCGCUUCCGCCUAUUCCGAGACCCAGAAUCCAGUAGAUCGAAAGCUCAUGGACUUAAUUGCAGCCAGCCGAUCCACAGCCAAACAGGCUAGUCCCGAACUUAUCAGACCAGGCCCAAGCAUCCCUUCCUCUCGCAUGUCAUCCACUAGACUUAAGAACACACCUAUUCGACAAGUUCCAUCAGUCCAUGCACUUGCUCGACAAGAAAAUCGUCGCGAGGUACAAGGUGUAAUGAGAUCCACACCAGCGCUGCCUCCAAGACCAGUCACGGCCUCUACUUCAGUAAUUCCCCAUGGCAAGGGCGUGAGCCAUGGUAUCGACGCUUUCGAAUCCAUGUUUGCCGCCGAACAAGGCAAAGCGAACAACAUGUCGAAUUCGUCCCAGCCUAAAUCUAAGUCUAAAUCCAAAAACAAAUCCAAGUCAAAGUCUAAAUCAUCCGACUUUGACGACCCUCCUGCUCCAGAGGUUUCCAUGGGCAAAGGCGUGGUUCGGGGGAUGGACGCAUUUGAGUCCAUGUUCGGUGGGGCGUCAUCAAACGGCGGUGGCAGCAAGAAGCAGAAAAAACGGCAGUGA